AUGGAGUUAUCCCCCCUCAUAAAGAAAAUAGGUAGGCUAACUUUAAGCUAACACAAUAUUUAGCUCAGAAGGCUGCCUUUGACUAAUGUUAACCUGCAUCAUAGCGGUGGCUUGCAUGCUAACGUUAGCAAAUACUACACUUAUGUUCACUUUUGUGUAACGCCGAGUUGGUUCUAAUGUCGUUAGCUCAGGUGCCAAAGUCUGUAAACUUUUACCUCAACGACGCCGACACAUUUCAGCCUAUAACACGUCGUUUUCUGCGAAUUUCAGGCCACUCUCUGGUGGAGAUAAGAGUCCGAGCUUUGAAGAGUAUCAUAUGUAAGCUGGACCAUUCCCUGAUAUCUGUCUCUGACAUUGUUCAAGAAAAGAUGCUCUUUGUGCAUCUUCUUGAGUGGUUCAAUUUUCCCGAGGUGCCUAUGCAGGAGGAGGUCCUUGAACUGCUCUCUACUUUAUCAAAGGUAAGUCACACACAGGAACACAUGAGGGAGGGAAUUUGCUGAUAAAGUUUACAUGAGUUUCUUUACAGGGCUUAACACACAUUUAUUAGAUAACUAAGUAGGGGAGAGUGGGGUAAGAUGAGCCAAAGGGUAGGGGAAGGGGUUUACACUAUUUACACUCCUCAUCAAAAUCCUAAGAUUUUCGGGUCUACCGCUUGAUUUUUUUGUUCCAUAACCCUCCGGAAAUGAGAAAUGACUGUCUUACUGCGUCCAACCUCAGCAGUGAUGGCACGUUGUGAGAGUUCUUGUUUAUGCAGCUCAACAAUCCUACCAUGUUCAAAGGCAGUGAGCUUUUUUUGCCUUUGCCAUCAAGAGAUGUUGACAGUGUGACUGCUUGACAAGAAAUUACACAGAAUCCAAAUUUUCACACAGAUUUGAGCUUUUAAAGGCUGUGGUCUUAAAAUUGUUGUUUUCAAUAAAUUGCCUGCUCUAAACUUUUGGUCUCUUGUUCCCAUUUCUUCUUUUUGCAUUUUGAAGCUCUACUAAGAACCAUCUUAAGGUCCAACAGUGAUAAAUAUAAAUUCUUGCAAUUUUUUAACUGAUCUUAAGAUUUUGAUCAGGAGUGUAUUUCCAAAAAAACAUUUUUCACUCUUAAAAGUGAAUUUAGUCUGUCAUAACUUUUAUUGGAAUUGUGCUCUGACCAAAAAGGAUCAUUUUAAAUUUGUUUUAUAUAUCAAUUGUGGUAUCUAUGAGCUACAACAUGAGUCAAAAACUUUUUCAAAAAUACAGCUGUGAAUGUUCUGGAUGACUUAGGCAUUCUCAUGUCACAAUGACUUUUUACAAACCAGCUUUUUAGCAGUUAUAUGCAAUAAUAAUCAAAAGAAUUAUUGUAACAGUUGAAUAGCACAUAAUAGAUAAAAAUACACAUGAAUGUGAAGAAGUGACUGUUAUUUAGGGAGAGAGAAGGUGAGGGAGGGCUGGGGUGGAGAGUGGGGAGGUAGUAGGGAUAUGGCUCAACUUACCCUGCUCCUAUGGUAAACUUACUCCAUACACAGGGUACCACUUUUUUUUUGUCAUGCUAUAUUAUCAAGACAGUUCUGUUUACACUCAUUCUGUUGGUUUGCAGGGAUGCACAACAUCUUGAAAUAUAUGCAGAUACACUAGUUAGAGACAAAACUAUGAUUGCCUUGAUGUAGAGAUCUAAAAUAUGAAAAAUGGCUCACCUUACCCCACUCUCCCCACCAUCUUUUCUACCCUCUGAUACACAGCGUUAUUGUACUUGUAUGAUUCCAUUAAAGAGUGCACAGUGUCGUUUUGAAACUAAGAUUUUUUCUGUCACACUUCUUUUUAUGAAUUUUUAUUAUAAUUUUGUAUUCCAAGCAUCCUUCUGCAGCCCAGAUGCUGAGAGACGUCGGUGCAUUAGACUUCCUCACCCAACUGUCUCCUAAUGUGGAACCCAGGCUGCGAGCUGUCAUCGAUGGAACCCUGGACCAGCUGUUCCAGCUACCUGAGCUACUCCCUAGUCACACGACGAUCUACUCGCAUGGACAGCGCGCCGCAACUCCAACAGGUGUUGCAAUUUAAAGCCAAAUAAUUGUUUGCUUUUACACGACAAAGUACUCAUAUUUUAAUGUGUUGGAGAAAAAAGAGAGGGGUUGUCUUUCUUUACUUUUAACUUAUAACGGUUUGAUCAAAUACUUGCAGUAUUCAAAGGAAUAUUUCAACAAAUCUAGUGUCUCUGCUCUUGCAACUUUAGUUGUUCCAUCAGAGGAGCAUUUCACUAAAACGGGUUAUUUCAAAAAGAGCAUGCCUAACCACACAGAUGUUCCACCUCAGAGGAUAGCAGGUACUAUUGGAUACUUUGAUUAUUUUACAAUGUUUUAUGUAUUUAUUUUUGUCUGCACAUGUCUGAACUUUCAUGUUUUUUAUCCCUUUUUUUCACAGUGCACGAGACUGUGAGAUGUUUGAAGUUCUCUGUGUUUCCAUGGCUGACUUUGACGAACACAGACAGACACAUACUUUCAUCUAACGAGAGGUGAGUGGCAUUUUGAUAACAAAUCAACAAAAGUGUUAUUAAAAUGCAAUUGAAAAUAAAAUGCUUCUUUCAUUCAUACUCACACAAUAGUGUGUUAUAACUUUUUGUGCCCUAUAAAGAUUCAAGUUCAGUAAUAUCUAGGGAUAAGCUGAAUGAGACAACUGUUGUUAGUAUCAAUCUCAAUGUCAAUCUCCAUGUGGGCUGCAAAAUAUAAUUGCUCUUCAUUAUUUUUUUAUUCGUAAACAGAGUUGAAGUCAUUCAGGCCAUCAUAACAGGAGCUACGAGUGACAACAAAUUGAGCUCUUUGAAUUCUGGAAUAAUAUCAUUAAAUCAAACGCAUAUUGCAAAAAUACAAAAGGUUUAAAAAUGGGAAAUGCACGGCCACUAGCUCCAGAGUUUGGAGAGAGUUCAACUGGAAAAUAUCGUUAGGUUCUUUAUAACUCCAAAGAUUAGGAAGAAAUAUGUAUGUACGCCAGAGCCGUGCUGGAGAUCAUGUGGACACACUGAUGCAGACCACACUCGCAUAUUCUGGUCUUGACCAAAAUUAAAAGAGUACUAGGAGGAAAUUUGGAAAAGUCUGCAAAAAUUAUAGGAUAUCAGAUAGCCCAAAAAAUAAAAUUGUAUUUGGGAAACCUAUCAAAUGAUAUAAUACAAAGAAAAGACAAGUAUCUGGUUAAAAUACUAUUAUCUGCAAGUAAAAAGGUAAUCACCAGAUUGUGGUACAAAGCAGAACCACCAACUGGGGUGCAGUGGGUGUGCACUGUUGAAGAGAUAUGUGUAAUGGUGAAACUCACACACAAAUUAAGAUUACAGGAAACACAAUUUACAGAAAAGUGGGAAAAAUUGACUGAUUUCAGGAGGACAGGAGAAGACACCACCAUUAUCACUGGAUGAUAAGGACAUUGAUAUAAGGAGGAUUUAUAAAUGUGAUGAAUUGUUGUGCCCUGUCACUGUAACUCAGUGGUUCUGAAGUCCAGUCCUCGAGGCCCUCUGUCCUGCCUGUUUUGGAUGUUUCCCUGCUCCAACACACCUGAUUCAAAUGAUCAGCUCGUUAUUAAGCCAUUACAGAGCUUGAUAACGAGCUGAUCAUUUGAAUCAGGUGUGUUGGAGCAGGGAAACAUCCAAACAUGCAGGACGGGGGGCCUUGAGGACUGGACUUGAGAACCACUGCUGUAACUGUUAAGACUUAAAAACAAAUAAAAAAUAAAUUAAAAAAAUUACAAAAGGUUUAUAUAAUUAUUGUUACUCACCAUUUUUCACACAAAAUGUGGUUUUUGUUUCCAUAAAAAUUGAAAAGAUUAAGUAGAAGUAGAGCUUUGCAAUUACUCACAUUUUAAUAAAGAAUAAGUCAAAAAAAAUGGAUGGAUGAAUGUGAUGAUAUGCAAAAAACAUUAAAUAUAGGCCAAAACAAAGGGUGUACGAGCUUCCCAAUAUUAACCUGAUGUAACAUAAGUAUAUAUAUAUCAGCUACUGCAAUCAGUGAUCACCAAAUUUUUUGCCAUUUUUCCAGGCUGAUCAGAGCAUCCCUGGUAAUACUAUCAAUUAAUCUCUCAACCCAAUGAGACUGAUCUACCUUGCAGGAGUGUGCAGUGAUAUUGAAUUUCUGAAUUUUAAACCACAUCUGCUUUAAUUGUUUUGACACAGCUUUCUGAGGAGCAGCAACCCCAACCUGGUGCGGACCACAUGUGAACUUCUCUGUGAUGUCAUUAUGCAAGACUUUCCCGCUGAAAUCUUCCUCCAAAGGCCCAGCAUCGUAAAGGUGCCUCUACAGAAGCCUUUUUACUACAUUUUCCUCUGGUUCUGGGCCAGCUGCUUGUGCAGCCGUCCUAUAAUGGAGUUCCUUGGAUGGUCACUCUGGCUACUGUCAAAAUAAUAGCCUGUCAAAUUGUGUCCUUGGACAAAAUACCAAUUUAUAAUUCUGUGUCCCUGAUCUCGUAGAAGGUAGUGGAUGCCUCUGAAGGCUUAACUUUGCUUGAGCAGGCACUAGAUAGUGGUAAGGACACAGUUUGUUCAUGAUGUGCCUCUUUGAAAGGCUGAAUUUCCUUUGAUGGGAGAUUUUAUUCUCCUCCUGUUAAAGCUUGUUUUGAAUGAGAGAGAUUCUGUAAAAUUUUCAAGCUGUACUCAUCUUGGUCUCGUAGGCUGUGGAGAAAUCUCUGCGGUGCUGUUUCAAAUGAGAAGGUCAACGUUUCUGUGUGAAGAUAGUGUGUUCCGUAACUGAAGUCACAUGGGGGCAGGGAGAUGCAGAGAGUCAGUCUGCAGUGAUCCUAAUCUUUUCUUCUUUUUUUUUUGCAUUCAAGAGAUACUCUCAGUCUCCAUCUGCGUUAAAAAGUACCCCGCACUCUUAGACCAAUCAUUUAUGCAACAAAGUACAUCUGUUAUUUAAGCUUGUCAUUUCUUUGGCACGGACGGAGUGCUGGAGGAGACAUCAUUUUGCCCUGAUGAGCCGCCGUGAACAUAACUAUUUGUUAAUAAAGUGCUGCAUUAUAUUACAUCGCUCUCAAGGCAGUAUUAGCAAACUGUCACGCAGCGGCCUCAUCAUCAAAGAGAAAUCAUUAUGGGAAAGUAGUUUUCUUCUUGUGGCUCUACUUGGCCCUCAGUUGAGUUAGUGCGGCUAUUAAGCUAAAUUAAAUGACUUGGAUUUAGAGACAUGACAUCAUUAGCUGCAGAGGGCAGGGAAUCUGAACUUGGAACAAAUUGCUGUUUCAAUAAUUCAAUUCCACUUGCCCUUUUUAUUUAGCAAACUUAUUACAACUUUUCUAUCACUGUCUGGAUUUAGGUCCUGUUUUACACAGCCUUUGUUCAAUUAUUCUGUUUGGUCUGUUUGUAAACAGAGCCAUAAACCAAUUUAUUUGCCCAAUUACAAUAAUAUCCUAAUUGGGUAUCACUGGCAGUUAAUUAUGUGUUUAGAAAACCUUUCCGUAACCUGGGAUCACAAUAACAACACUACUCUGAUAUCCCCUUCUGUUUCCAGAACCUCCUCGCCCUGUUAAGGCUAGGCUCAGGUAAAGGUGAGGCAGGCCACCUCCACUUGCAGGCUCUUUCAUGCCUGAGACAGCUUUGUGUGGGGCUCAGGAGGAGGCUACGCUUUCAUCAAGAUCCAAGCUUCUACUCUACAAAGCAAGGUAGCGUACCUCAUCAGUUAGCCUGAUAGAAACAUACUGUUUUUAAAAGGGCUAUUAGCAGCAGGUAUAGCUUAUUAAAAUAGCACAGCUGUGCCACGAGUGUAUAAAACAUGGAUGCAGUCUCAAGAGUGUCAGCAGUUGGUUUCUGGAGAGGCCGUACAAAGACAGUCACUAUAGUAGAGAUGUUGACUCACAUUAAAGGACUUUCUCAAACCACUCCCUCCCUACACCCUUUCCAUCUUGGCGGGCCUGCCACAUUAGUCCAAAACCACUGAGUGUGGAGUGACAGUGGGUUAUCAGACACUCCAGUAAGUCUGAAUUAAUGCUGGCUUACUGUCAGUUUGUACCGUUGUUUGUUGACCAUCAAUGAAGAACCAAAAUUUAAUCAAGUUGAAAAAUUUAAAUCAUUGACUUUUAAAAGUGUAAAAGUUUUCAUUAGGGUCCAAUUAAUUCCUUUCAGUUUGUGUUAAUUUAAUUAACUCCCAGCAAUUACAACAUUUUGUCUCGAAUUAAUGUUACAGGGUCUAUUUUGAAUAUUUUUUUGUUGUUGUUGUUGAAUUUACAGAUCCAGUUUCCCAAAACUCGUCCUUUUCCAUCUCCCAUGAAGUACGGACGCAGCGCUCUCAGGCCUCAUCUCCGGGUGCAGAGUGCUCACCUCGGCCCUCUGUGGUUGGACGCACAGACCAGAGAGCGAGGGGAGACGGUCAGGACGGAGAUGCAGCUUCAAACAGGUAUGACCCUGUGGAUAGAAUCAUUUGAUCUCUCUUAAAGAGACUCCAGAUGAAAGAACCGCGCUGCAUCAGUGUUUGUUAUCUUCGGUUUCGCUGCUUUGCUUAUUUUGAACAGUCAUGUUGAGAGUAGAGAUUCUCUCGGUUCAGCUUCUGUCACACUUCUGUGGCAUAAAUGUUGUCAUGUUAGUCUUCUUACCUUUCUUGUUACAUUUUUUUCUUUCCUAUUAGUAGUUUUGUUGUCAAUUCUGUUCACCAGACCUCAAACUUAACAUGCAACUCUUACACUUGUAAAAAUUUUGCACAGUAGGAAUUUUGAGGCUUUGAUAAUGACAAAAUUGCUAGUGACACCAGCAACCCGCACACGGAGAUAAAACAGCAUGAGGAACACUGUGGAGAUUUUUUUUCUUCUUCUUCUUCUUCUCCUCCUUUAAUAUAAAUAACACCAUGAGCCCUCUAGCGGGCGAAUCCAGUGUUCAAAAAUCAGUCUUCUCAAUCCCAAGAAGGGAUAAACAGUUUUUAGUGAUCCAUCCCCAAGCAGCUUGUUCCUCGGCUCCUUGUAUUUCAAGUGGUCCAAGUGUCUGUGAUUCAUCCAGUGGCAGCUCACAGAGAGGUGGAGCAGCAGUCCAGGCCCCCAGGCAGACCCCCGAGUCGACUGCAGAUGUGGCCCAUAUGGCGCUUCCUGAUCCGGGUGUAGAGGAUGUCCUGGAGCUGCAGUUACAGCAGCUCACUUUGGCUCAGUUUACUGUUGCCACCUUGGAACAUGCCAUACCACAGCUGAAGACAGGUAGGAGUGUAUCUAUUCAUGCUUCUUCUCUGCUCGUUGAUGAAAUAAAAACCAGAUAUUGGAAAUGUCCCCCCCUUUACGAAUCUUGUCACAAAAUCUCUCUCGCUCUUCCUUUCCCUCCUCUCUCCUUUCUCAGACUCUUUGCACGUGUUCCAUCGUGUUCUGGAGCUGCUGUCUGACGCCGUCCUCCUGCUCGGGGACAGCGUUUGCGAGCUGGUCUGGGAUGAGCGCAGCCUGGUGGGGAUGGAACUGGCAAGUUGAAACACAACUCAUGACAGCCUCUUAUGUAGAUGAAUGGAUACACUUCACCGCAAAAAAAAAAGGGGGAAACUGGGUUGGCCACCUGACAGUUUGCAGCAGACACACAAGCAUACGGUACUCGACUGUGAAGGAGGCAUGUGAUUGAUCUGAAUGAUUUAUAUAGGGUUACAAAGGCUUUGCACCAAGCAGAGAGCUGCUAACGCAUACAUGUACACAUCCUGUUUGUACUCCUGGGUUUCUACAGACUCAGAAUUGUAGAAUUUAUUCUGUUUAUUAUGUGUUUAAAGUCUAUACAAAGGAUUGGGUUAAACUGGCUUGCUCUUUUUUUUACCGUGCACAUUCAUUUGUUACCCUGCUGACUGCUGUGUUCCCAGGCUGGGGGACUUAUACACUUGUCAAGCUCAGGCCCCCGUGGCCCUCUGCUGUUUAAUACAUGCCCAGAGCCUCGCAGCCCGAGAACUGUUUUGUCAUCUUUAUGUGGAGAGCAGCUUUCGUGUGCCAGACCUCUAGGUUUUUCCUAUGGGAAUGGGCCGAACUGUGCAUGCCAGCCACAGUGAUGCACAGGGCAUCUACUGCCCCCUGCUGGUGUUCAUCCUUUAUUGUUCAGUUUCUUCUCCAAGAACAAAGUGGCUGAGAAUAGAUUGUUCCAAUUUAUUCAUACAGAGAUAGGGUGGAUCUGUAUCUCGUCCCAAAAUAACCCUGAAAUCUGAUUACAUUCAAUCCCUAACCCCUGGAACGAACAAUUUUUCUCUUGGCUCCCACCCAGUAGCUGUGCGUUAGUGUGUGUGUGUCUGUGAAUAUGCACGUGAUGUGGGUGCAUGUGCAUGUGCAGCCGUGAUGUCUGUGCCUUUUGUCUACAUUUUCCGUGUGUGUCUGUGCGUCUAUUUUAGAAGGAAAAGCUGCGAGCCUGCAUGGAGCUACUGGGGGAUAUCCUGAGCUACCAUCAGAGCUCUUCAGCAGACAUUCCCCACAGCUGUCAGGUUCAUCACAGAAUGGCUUACACAGGCACUGCUAUAUUCACCGUUAAACUCCUACAGACCAUUCUACCUCCUGAAAAGGUGUGCGCAUAGAAAAAAAAACACAUACUUCGUCAGUGUUUCAACUCUAAAGGAGCUGGUAAUUAAAUUGUUCCCACCUCACACAGGCCAGGGAAAAUCUUCCAGAAAGCACGGCAACAGCUAUUUUCCACCUUUCCUUGGAUACGUCAUUGGGAAGCUUAUUACCCAGCAUGCAAGAGACGGCAGUAGCCUACUUGGAGCAGGUGAAUUCCGACAGCCAUGAUCUCUACAGGAGGGUGGCCCGUGCUGCUCUUUGGAUGGAGUCCACCUGUAACUUCCUCAAGGAAGCACAAGCUGAGGUAUAAAGCUGCUGUGAUAGCAUUACAGAGAGGCAUAUUUUAUGGAUACACCUCCUACACUCCUUGAUUAAAGGAAAAAGUUGAUGCACCGCAUACAUUUUUUAAAUUUUUGUUCAACCUUCUUGGAUUCAUUUCUUCGCUUAGGGAGAGAAGAACUGGUUGGAGUUAUUGGAACUAGCAGACCAAGCGAUAAGCGGCCUGCCGUUUCACCAGCACCUACCCAUCGUCCAGGAAUGCGUUCACAUCUGCUCCUACCUGUACGAUGAAAAUCAACUUCUCGCCAUGUAAUUUCAAUCAUAUGUAUAUAUUUUGUGUUAUAUAUGUUGUGUUAAAUUCCUUCUGUUGUCCAUCACCAGGUGGAAGUUUGACCACCCCAGCCCCCUCCUCCAAACAGAGAGCCAGAAAGUGCUCCUCAAGCUUCUGUCGCAUCCUUUACCGCCUGUCAAGACGGAAACCUACGAAUGCUGUUUAAAGCUGGUCAAGGUCAGAACAAGCCAUCUUUUAGACGACACAGUAAGGUUCACGGCUAAAAUUACAGCUACUGAAACCAUAAUGGGGUCUGUACGGAGGGUCGCCGGUUUUUGGUUAAAGACAGAUGGAGUGAAGAUCUUUCCCAGCGGGCUAUAAAAAACCCACUUGACAUUUGGAAUCAGACUUCAUUUUCAUUUUCACACCACCGUCAAAAGUACAAGGCUACAUUUAAAGUGGAUCGGAGCUCCUGUAUGCAAGAGCAAGUGGGAGGACAGCGAUAAUUUAUGAUGUGCUUUGGUGUGAUUAUAUACACCCCUAGGACUGCCUUGGCAUCCAGAAUGUGUCACGACAGGAAGCGGGAGCCUGCGGUGGAGUGAACUUCCUCCUUCACCACAGGGUGCUCUAUGAAAUAAGCGCUUUUGGGCUCCAGGAUUCUGCAGAGAAGGUAGACAAACGCACAUGUGUUUCGUCCGUAUUUAGACGAGAACUGAUUUGAUUGUGAGCGAGAUCAUACAGCACACAUCAGAGAAAUAAAUAUGAUCACAGAAGUGCAUGGAUUUCUCUUUUUUUUUUUUUAAACGCCUGUGUUUUUAAAGGUUUUGUGCUCUUCUUAAGUCAUGCUAAACUGCUAUGCUCUACACGUGCCAUGUAAUUUAGACAUCCAGCAGCCUGUCAGGACCAGUACCUGUUUGUAAAUCCUCCAUCAGCAGUGCCUGUGUGACUCCAGCACUUUACCUGUGAUCUAUAGGUGAACGUUGCUGCCAAGGAUAUUCUGCUGUUCUUGCUCAAGGGGCGAUUGAUGAUGACAGCAUCAACCUGGGACAGAUUCAAUGAGGCACUUUACCCGGUCACGCCAAUAUUACAGGUACGCCUCUCUCCGUGGAGGCUGCGUCGUGUUUGCACCGCCGAGCUCAUAAAGCGGCAUCAUGUUUGGGACUUAUUACGUUACAUUCAUGGAGUCGGGGGGGUGGGGGAGUGGUGUUUGUUCUCCACUAUCAAAACAACUGUGAUCAAAAGUGCAAUUUUAGCACUCUUGGACCACAAAAGACUGCAUAUUGAGCUGCCAGAGAGAAAAAUGUAGUUAUUCUCUCAUUUCCAUAUUCUGUGUUAUAUUGUUUCCUUUUUUGGGGGGGGGGGCGUUGUGGGGGGGCAGGCUUUUAUUAAUUGUUCAGUUUCAGGCAACAGAAAGCCUGGAAAUUCUUCAUGAAUAUACAUGAGAUUUUGACUAGGCUGUCAAGUAUGAUUUAAUUCAAGGAGGCCAUUCAGAGAUGGGCCCGCCAUGUCAACAAGAGAUGAAAUGAAACCAGGCGCAAUCAAAGCAAUGCAUAUUUUAUUUACUGUUGUACUGCUUAGAUGGAAUUCCCUGUUGUUUGCUCCAUUGUCUGCCAAGCCCGGCUGAGGAUUGUGUGUUUUUGUAUGCGUGUGUGUGUGUGUGGCAGGGUUAUGCUAGCACCGAGGAGUCACUGGGAAACUGUGUCCUGCUGAUAAGUGACAUGUCAGAUGUGGCAAGGGACAUUGUGUUUCCAAGUACAGCCAAGCUGAAAGCAGCGCUGCGACUUCUCUUCACCAAACAACCCACGUAAGUCGGAGCUCUCAGUCUUUCUUUUGUCUGUGUUUGUUUUUCCUCUGUGUGAAAGUUUGAGUUUCAUAAUCAUACGCCUGUCCAGAUAUGUACACGACGGCACGGUUCUUUACACGUCUGCACGUGUGAAGUCGCUUGAAAUAAAGUCUCAGCUUUCAUUCCGAACCAGAAAACUCUAGAGUCCAAGUGUUUUGCAUUACAAACUGAGAUGUGAUGGACAUAUUACGACUGUCUCGAGCUGUCAGCUGAUGUGCUCAUCAAGUCAUCUGAAUCCUCAGCGAGGCUCGUGUAAAACAGCUCUCCAGUCCCAGUCUAUGAAUAUUGAUAGAGAUGGAAAUUAACACCAGACACUGGCCAGGAGACAAGCCCUGGUGAAUUUUGGCAACAGCUAAUAGAUUUGUCUGCCCUGCCAGACACUUCUUGACAACGGGUUACCGUCUGGGUGUUGAAUCAAAAAACAAAAGUAGAAGCGUUGUAACAUAAUUAACCCUGAAUUACAGCUCUAAUGCAGACAGAAAGCUUGCUUUAUCAGUAGUUUUUCUUCUGUCUUUGAAACUUUGAUUCUGAAUUAAAUAUUAAUAUCCAAAUUUACAUAAAUCUUGCUCAUUAUUAACAGAGUGAGAAUAGCAGCAGUGCAACAGAUCCUACCUCACCUAACUAGAGUUGGCGAUGAUGAUGCCAACACAGCCAGACCGGACCUGGAUCAACAAGCCGUUUCCUCUCUUCCAAAUCUUUUCUGCCUCAGGACCCCUUUAGACAUCAGGCUGGACACCAGUAACAAGUCUGUCCUCAAGGUACAUCAUGAACUUUGCUGUAUGUUACCCUUAAACACGUCUUUUGGUCAUAUGCACUUACUAUGCUUAAUGGUGGUCAGGUGGAGUCUGUGGAGAAGCUGUUCUGUAUCCUGACGUCAAACACUGUUGACAUCUCCCUGAGAAGAUCGGCAGCAGAACAGCUUGUUGUGGUGCUACAAGGUGAGCUGUAUGUAAGAGAUGAUUAAGAACAUAGUUUCUUUAGCUCCUAUUUAUCAUGUGUAAUUAUAGACUGUGUAAAGAAUGGAUGCCGUCUGCCUCCUUGCUGGGUAAAGCCACCGUGAGAACAGCACCCUCUGGUGACGGGCUGCAGUAUAGGUCAUAAACCCCGCCUCCUCCAGCAAUCCCUAUGGGGUUGUGGACAAACUUUAGACAUUAAUUACAUUACGUAUACAUUUUUCUUUCCCCUGGUUGCGAUGUUAACAUGUAGUUAUUGUAAAACUGGUUUGUGCUCAAGUCUUAAAAGUUAUGUUUUCUAUGAUUGACACUUGAUACAGCCUAUGGGCGUACAAGGACUGCGCAGCUCACCCAGGGGAUACGCUGUUUGAGCUGAGCAUCAUCAUAGCGACUCUCCCGCCAAAUGUGUACAACGCUUCUGUGCAAUGUUGGUUUCAGGAAUUGGAGAAAAAACGUGAAAUUACUUUUCGGCUUGAAAUCCGCAUACUGGCGGAAGGCGGAACCAAGUUGUCCAUAGUAUAUACAGUCUAUGUUUGUAAUGCUUUUCUAUGCUGAAUCUUUGUUUUGGUUAUAUCACUCCUUGAGCAACUUUGUUCUCUAUAAACUUUCUUUAAAGUGCUAAUUUAGAGGAAUAUUUGAUCAGGGAACAAACUUAUUGGUUAAACUGUAAUUUCUAACAACCUAUUCUCUGCUCCCAGAACACAUCCUUUCUUUUUUAUUGGUUAAAAUCCACAAGUACCUGUAAAUCUGUAAGGAGGUUAUCAGAAGGAGCUGUUCACAGUUAAAAUAAAUCCCUCAUAUAGCAGAUUUGAGGAUUAUAUUCGACUUAUUAUUUCACAGGGAAGCGUACUUUUUUUAAAUGAUCAACCACACGAGUAGAGGUUUGAAAGGCCCAAACAAAAGGCUUCUCCACAAAUUUUAAGAACUCUUCCUCUGUGAGAAGUAGAAUUUGCAAGAAGUGCAGUAAGAGUUCUGUGCCUUCCCACCACCAUAUGUUUUAGACAACCCUGAAAAACAAAUAGCUGAUGAUUAUGCAAAUGUUUGUUGUCGGUAUAUUGAAUUGUUCUCCUGCUUUCCCUGCAGACACAACAAUGCAUCCGGUGCUGAAGAAUCUCGGAAUAACCGACAAAGUCAUUUCUUUCAUUAUGGAGAGUGUAAACGGCAACAACACGGUAAACACAAACCUGCUUUGGCAGAGUGAUGAAUAGAUGUGUGCUGAGUGAAAUGCUGUUGAAGCCAAAUAAAACCAACCCCUGUAUCUCAUAAAUGCAGUAACAUGCGCUCCCUCUUUGGUACACUUUUUUGGGUAUGUGUGCUGCCAGAGGACGUGGAGGGAAGCCACUGAGGCGUGCAUGAUAGAGGGAUGAAGUGGCCUGUAUUAAUAGUGUCAGACAGGCCCUGGUCAGCAGUGAUUUUUGCCCUCCAGUUCCUCCAGUCUGCGGAUCAUUCCCAGGCUUUAAAUCAGAUGCUGCUAACAGGGGUAAACGUCCAGUAUUAGCGGCUACAUGAAGGUGGAGGGACACACAAACUGGAUGACUUUUCUCAGCUAACAAGUGUGUAAUGAAAGGAUCCCCGCAGGUUACGUCUGUCCUGAACCUCAGUCGCCUGCAACCUUGGUGGAGUCUGAUUUUGAGUUUAGCUUAUGUGAAGAGACAGUAAAGAGGCCCUGUGAGUUUUCUAUGUGUGAAACAGAGCAGGAGGAGGCGGGAAGAGAAUAUGUGUGCGUUUGUCUGCGCCUAUGUGUGUGUGUGUGUUUUUGUUUCCACUGCAAUUAAACAGUGAGUGCGUAUGUUGCUGUUUUCCCCAGAGCUCAGAUUGCCUGCUGGAGCCUUGUGUUUGCAUCCUGAGGAAGCUGGUGUAUGCAGAUCCAGCUCUAAGGCACAGCCUGGCACAGAGCAACCUCCUGCUCCUCGCAGUGCUCAGGGGUACGUUCACAAGACAACUCAUUAAGAAACAGCUAUACGCUUUGUGUGGUGCAGCCAGGGGGUAUAUUGUCAAAAAAAAAAAGAGAUGACACGCCAGCCGCUGAUGCAGUUUUUUAUGUCACACUUUAAUAAAUGGUAUCAUCAGUGUGAUGCAACUUGUUGCUAUAGAGCUCAACUCAAAGCUUUAUUAGAGUUUAUCUGCAGAGCUAGAGUUCGUGAUGAACAGUAAUUCACAUUUUGGAUGCAUGGUUCGUUGCUAAAAUUUAAUUCACUCAUUUGAAAUGUGAAAAACUUGUUGGUCUUUCAGCAUAUUUUUCACCCAGAUUUAUGCAGAGAUUCACUUUUCAUGUCGUGUUAUUGUCGUAUCUCGGCAUGUUCUCAAACUUUGAUUGUAAAAUGAGUCUUGAAGUGUUAGACACUUUGAUAAAGUUUAAAAGUCUUUGACUGGAUCCAUGAGAUGGGGAGACACAGUUUGGGGUGUGGUUAUUAUGUAAAUUGUGUUUGUUGUGUCUUCAUUAUAGCUUCCUUGAUAUUGAAGAAGAACAAAGGCAAUGGAAGUGAGAUUGCUGUCCUAAUGAGCUUGCUGCUAUUCGAUGAGAUUGCAAGCAUUGAAAUGUGGUGAGUUUAUUUUUUCCUCUCGGAGAGUUGCUUCAAAAAGAUCUUCGCCAUCUUCACGAUUUGGUUUUAUUUAGUAUUGUAUAUUUUUGUGUCUUAUCAGGUCAGAUCAUAAAAACACAGACGUGACUCUCGCACCGUUUUCCCUCCCGCUGUCCGUAAUACGCAGGUAGGCUGAACAGGGGAAUUACAAAAAUCCCAUUCUAGUGGGUAAAAGUUUAUUUUACAGUUUGCCCUCCUCCCAACUUACCUCACAGGUACAACAUCCCGUUCCAGACAGCUUCUCAUCACGCUGUCAGCCCAUACUGCUGCGUUCUCCCACCGUCCUCUGACCUGCUGGCACUAGCACCCGCCCGCCAAGCCCUACAGGUGGCCUGGAACACUGCAUGGCUUUCUGGGGUGGACAGUCUGCUCGAGAAGCUGCAAAGCAGUACCAACAGCAUUGAUGAGUAAGAACCCUCAUACUUUCAAACUCAUUUUUAAUGCAGUGGUGUGAUAGAGUAAAAAAAGCCUUAAACUCCUACUAAUGCUGGAGUUGAGUGUCUCGGGCAUAGAUUUUUCUGCAAACAUUUCCUAUAUAUUUUAUAAACUAAGUUUCACCAACUUUUACAAUCACCUGCAGGUUUUUUGCCUUUUCUGUAUUUCCUUUUUUUUUCCCCCUCACAGCUGUACCUGUGCGGUUUGUGGAUAAUUAACCGAGUUAAAAUGUGGAAAAGAGACCACAGCAUUUUACUCAGACGCAAUGUGAAAAUUGAAAAAGAUUAAUCAGUGAAAAUAUGGACAGAAACAGCAGGGGUUAAAGAGGGCAGCUGUGCGUGGUAAUAUUCAUAUGCUUUUAUUUUGUACCGUUUCUUCAGGACAAUGUUUGGUGUUAGAGAAACUGAUCAGAAUUGAUGACUCUGUUGCAUGAAAUAAAAAAUAUUAAAUCCGUCAGGCUGCACAUCACUCUUGCAGAGGGUUUUCUCUUGUGAGGAAUAGCAGUUAAGAAUUAGUUUCAGGGACUUGGCAUCUUGUGUUUCAUCCGUCUUCAUUUACUUCUAAUGCAACCUAAUUCAAAAAGAUGAGAAUGUCUCUCACUCAGUUUUAACCAGCCUGAUUACAGCAAAGACGUUUUAAACGCAUCACAGAUGGAUCAAUCCAACGUUUAAGUUAAGUUUGUAAAGCUCUUUCAGAGAAAUAAGAAUACUCGUUCAAAGAUCAGAGUCAAAGAUUUGAAAUCUGUAGACUUUUGAUGUCAUCUGACAGCUUUCUGGAGCGUUGCUUUUUGAUUGUGACUGCAGUGAUGCCUGCGUCUGCCUGAUGCAGUCACAUGUGUUUCUAAGAAAACGUCUCUGAGGAUCACUCAUAAAUAUCUCAUCUCUCCAGAUCAGUGAUCAAAUAUGUUUAUCAAUGCAGCCAUUAGUAUUCUUCAGAUUGUGUUACUCAUCCAACACAUCGAUAGUCGUGUCAACAGUCAUACAACCUGAUUUAUAUUUCAGACAGCUCACAUGUCUUCCCUUCAGGUUUCACCCUGACUUAAAGCUGUCAGACGCACAGGUUCUGAUGAUGCGGGCAGUGCACCUUCCAGCUGCGCUGCAGGACUGCAUCCAGGCCAUCGUCAUGGCAGCGGGACACAGUUCGGUGACCUCUGCCCUCUCCAGGAUCAGCCUCUAUUUGCUGAUUGACAGACUGGCCCUUCCUCACACUCCCACCCAUAACUGUAGAGACACUCUGCAGUCGCUCAGCUGGCAGGCAGCAGUGACCAGGUACCCUGCAUACAAAGUUCAAUAUACCGUUCAUGUAUUUAAGUUUCAUGCAUACAAGCAAGACAGUGAAUGUGUUUUUAAUAUUUGUAAAUUAAGUCAGUUAAAAAUGGAAUUUAUGGUAAUCCUCUCGUAUGCUAUUAUCCUUACCAUGAGCAAUUUGCACCCCUAGGGUACCUUCUCAUGAUCAAAUAAGCCUCUGAGAACAAUGGCCAAUUUUAGUAGUUAAAAUGUCACCAGAAAUGUAUUUUAUUUUUUAAUUUAACCUUUAUUUAACCAGGUAAAACCCCAUUGGAUUCAUGAUCUCAUUUACAAGGGCAACCUGGCCAAGAGGUCAGCAGCAGACGUCGUAAUAAAUGCAAUAAAUAUAAGGGAGCCAACAACAACUUUACAGUUAAAGUGCAACAAACAUUUUGGGACAAUUACAGUUUAAAAACACAGGCAUUGUUUAUGGGAUUCUCGUUGCUUAGCGAAUAAAAUGGAAUAGAUAGUAUAGAUAGACAAUAUAAGACUUCCAAUAUAACACAACACUCCAAAUAGUGAUUUCAGAGGGGAUGUCUGUGCAGAUCAAAAGAUUUGGUAUGUCUACCAAAUACACGCUGUCAUUUCUUGGCUCAUAAAAUCCCCUAAAGUAGCACCGGUUGAUCUUCUGAGUCCCAGUUUCUUUGUAGUGUAGUGGUAGAGUUGUAUACAGGCAUUACUGCCGGGAUCUGUACCUGUAAUAAAACCAAGUUUUCUGUGAUUUACAUGCAGUUAUCUGACCCUACGUCUCCGUAGUGUCUCUGUUUUUCUUGUAAAUAUUUGUUCUCCCAAAGAAUUAAAGAGGAAAGAAAAAGUUCCUUCAUCACUUUCUCACUUUUAAUUGUUGCAACUAAUGGAUAUUAAAUAAUUGCAGGUACUUUCCAUUCACAUGGCUCUCUUCCCCUUAUUGACCCGGUCUCUUUCUCUUUCCUCCCUGCAGGUUUCUUCAGGUGCAUCCAGCCUGUGUCGAGGAUGAGAGGUUGCUGGUGGGCAUUGUUGCAUUUUUGAAUGCCUACUUCAAACAGGUGCACAGCGAAUCCACAUUUGACCCUGAAGAUAAGGACCUGCGCUGGAUACUGGAGCUGCUCCUCAACCAGGUACAAAUAAUUCAUGCUUUAAGGAAAGCAAGUAAAAUCACUACAGUAACCCUGUUACUUGCAUGAUCAUGGUAUAGAUACACAGGUGUUGGACCCUGUGAGUCCUGAAGCUAAGAGACAUCAGAGCAAGCCAACUGCCAUCAUUAUAUAUUUCUCUCUUGAUGAGCUCUUAUUUAUAUCUUGCCUUGGUGUCUAAAAUACUCUGUUUGUUAGAGAUCUGGUUAGGCUCCCUCAACUCGUACACAGUGUUAUAUACCUGCGAUCAAACCUAGAAUAAACCACACACCAUCAGACAAGCCAAACUUAUUACUGUCUCAUAACCACAUGAAAAUAGUAUCACAGCACAGCACCUAUAACCUGCGGCACUGAUUAUUUCCUGGGCUCUUAACACAAAGUUGAAGUCAUAUGUUUUCCUGGGGAGAGGAAUAACCACACUUGUUCGAGCAGGGAGAGCUACUUUUAGGAUUUAAUCAGUCUCACCUUGGCUUUCUCAUUAAUGUGUGUGUAAACAAUAAGCCCUCCCCUGGCAGCUAAAGCAGACUCAGAUUGAAUGCCUGGUAGGGGUGAACAGUUCUGCUUUGCUCCGACUUUUCUGUAAUUACUGAGCUGUUUCAGGAACAUCUGUCGCUCUCUUCAUUCCCAUGAAGUGUCUUCUGCGUGUGUAUUGCUGGAGAAGACGUUGAGCAUAUUUGGCAGAGAAAUAUAGGUGACAUUACGAGGGUUGUGCUCGUUAAAAUACUGUUUGCGUUUUUUGCUCUUUGGGUCAGUGUGUUUAAAUUUAGAGAUAUAUAUUAUAUUGAUCUAUAUAUAUUGAUCUAUCUGAACAAAGAGUCAGCUUUUUAAUUUUUUGUUUGCCAAGGAUUUUUGGUUUGUUUUUUUCUUUAUUUUUGUAUUUAUUAAUAAUUAGAUGUGGCUUGCCAACAAAGUAAUCUGUAGCAUUCGCUUUUAACUAGGAGUUCCUAACACUUUAUCCAUUUUAAGCUCCACCCUCUUGCCCAUAUAUGGUCAGACAGUGAAAUUUACAGCUGGGCUUGCCAACAAAGCAAACUGUAGCAAAAGCUUUUAAAGUGGGAUUUCCUAACACCUUCCCCACCUUAAGCUCCACCCUCUUGCCCAUAUAUGGUCAGACAGUAAAAUUUACAGGUGUGGCCUGCAAAACAGUCUGUAGCAUUAGCUUUUAAAGUGGGAAUUCCUAACACCUUGCUGAUCUCAAGCUCCACCCUCUUGCCCAUAUAUGGUCAGACGGUGAAAUUUACAGCUGUGGCUUGCCAACAAAGCAAUCUGUGGUUCUCAAGUCCAGCCCUUGAGGCCCACUGUCCUGCAUGUUUUGGAUGUUUCCCUGCUCCAACACACCUGAUUCAAAUGAUCAGCUCGUUAUCAAGCUCUGUGAUGGCUUAAUAACGAGCUCAUCAUUUGAAUCAGGUGUGUUGGAGCAGGGAAACAUUUAAAACAUGCAGGACGGUGGGCCUCGAGGACUGGACUUGAGAACCACUGAUCUAACACCUUGCCCAUCUCAAGCUCCACCCUCUUGCCCAUAUAUGGUCAAAACGGGAUUCCAACAAACUCAAAGCUUUAAAGACAUCCUGUCAAGUAGGUUAAAUUUAGCCAGAAACAGAAGAACAAAAAGGUUAAGACAUUUAUGUAAAGGAUGAUGUGCAGUGUGCAAGCUAUCUGAAUUAAGAUUCCCGACAGGUGAAGAACCCGAGGCAGAGGAGUCUUAUCUCACCAGGAUAAAGAUCAGUCAGAAUCAAGUAUUUACCACAGCCAGCUAGUAAGGAAGCAGGGAAUACCUGUCCUGAGUUUAAAGAAGAUGGAGUGAUAAGCAACAAAGCAUUUUCUAGUUUAACUUACAUAUUAAUAAGAUACAUUUUUAUCAACAACCAUCUAGGAGGCUGCAUCCCUCCUUAAUUUGCUGCUUGGUGUCGAGACCCAGACCUCAACUCAGAACCAAGGGGAGCUGGAAGAGCUGAAAAACCACAUCAGCCAGAGACUGCAGAGAGAACUCACCAGUUUCUUUAACAUCUUACUCCUCCAAGUGACAAAAUCCACUGACAGGUACGCAUAGCAUACCGUAGUCCUCGUGAUGAGUUUCUUAAAUUUCUUAUAAAAUAUUAACCUUGAAUGAAUCAGAAUAUUGAGAAGUUUUUCCUUUUUUUCCCUGCCUUUCAAACAUGAAAUAAAUUCAUCACCAACUGCAGUUUCAGUUCAGGGCCACAGAGGCAUAAUUUUUCUCUUCUCAAUAUGCCACCAAAUUUCUACUCUCCUAAGGAAUUUGCGAUUCAAAAAAAGAAUGAAUGAAGAGUCGUUUUUACUCUGUAAGUGCAGCAGAAAAGGGAAUGGAUUUUAUUUCAAUGCUGCGUUGCUUCCUGUGGGGUUAGAAAAGUGAUUAAUAACUUCAAGAGGAAAAGAAAUUCAAGAAUAUUCUCCACAGUAGGGCUGGGAUUUUUCUGUUUACUUGUGAUUGAAACUCGUCUUUCAUGGUGGUCUUUUCUACCUCUCCUCCAUCUUCCUGCUCGUCUGAUUUGCGUAUUUGUCUCUCUUCCUCGCUCUGUCCCUUCCUUUCUGUCCAGGCUCUGUCUGGCACUAGCGGGCCCCUUCAAGAGCCAGCUGGCACUCCGUUUGCUUCAGUGCCUGCGGGUGUCCGACGCCCCACGUUUCUACGGCCUUCCCAGCCUGGAGAGGACACUGCAGGGCAUGGUCAGCCUCACUGCCCAGCCUGGCUGGAGCUCCCACUGCCCCGACCUGGAGCCCAUGUCCCUCUGCUCCAAGUAUCUCACCGGGCUCCUAGAGGUGUGUGAAUAUGCGUGAGCAGAGUUCUGUGUCUGCUGUGUGCAUAUGCUCAUGUGUUACACGGGCAUAUGCACGCCUCCUACCCUCUCAUCAGAGCCGAGACUGCCAACAGAAAUGGGUAAAAGACAAAGCUCGGUACUUUCUGAGGAAUUAAUUAAAAAGAAGCAGGAUAUGGUUACGGGACAUGAAUCGCAAAAGGUAAAAAUCUCAUUGAUUAGAUAUGCCACACUGAGAAGAUGCUGAUGAGAUUAAUCAACCUCGCCUUUUCCAUCUGUUCCCUUGUUCAACGGUCCGUAAAACAAUAGCCUAACACAGUGAGGACCAGCUUGCACAGCAGUCCUCAGCACAGAGGUGUCCAGACUUUUAUUUUUGACUGGGAACGAAGGCCCCGAGGAAUUGACACAAACAGCUUUGGUAGACAUGUAUUAGGAUGAGAUUAAGGUUAUUUUUUUUCCAGUCUCACUCUCAGAUGGCUACUUCCAUCCAACAAUCAGAUACCUCACGCUCUUCAGCCUUUGACCCACCUCCUACCUGACACUCUCAGCACUGUAGGGCCCUAAAGCUCAGCUGGCCUUGGGCUCCUCUCCCUCUCUUCAUUAGCUCUUCAGCGCAGUCCCACAUCCUGAUGGCAAAUCAAAACAGAAUAAUUAGUCUCUGCUGUAUUUAGCCUUUACUUAGAUGCAGUGGGUUGCAUCACAAGCGUACGAGAAACCAAACAAAUGACAAAGAGACAGGAGACGGAGGAGCGUCAUGUUACACCAAUUAGCAAAUAUGUCGUGUUUCUUCUUUGCAGGUGAUCUCCUCGUUUUAUGUCGAGUGGGGAGGCAACUCCCUCUCUUUUAUGGGGAAAGGUGUGACCAAGAACGCUGUUAUCUGUUUGCUUCACCUGUCCCAUGAGAUGAUGGCUGAGAACAAAGAGAAGGCAAGUGUUAUCAACGCACCGUUUGUUAAGGUAGCGCUGCUAAGGAGUCGGUGAAUAAACGACUGUGAGUCCUUGAAUGUGCAGUAAAUACGACGAUUCAUGUCAGAAACCUAGACUGUGCUCUCUUUCCUUAUCUUUAUCUUCAUCAGGACUUCAUAUCCCAGUGGUCUUUGGGAAAUGAAGCAACCUCUGAGGAGACUAGUGCCUCUCAGCUUGGUUUGGCCUGGCUUGUCCCACUGUGGGUGGACAGAGAUCAAGAGGUGAGGACUCUCUUUUGGCUGUCACACACUCUUACACAUAAAACAUAAUGUCUAAAAGCGUUACAUACAGUCUCCAACAUUAACCCUUCCGGGACCUUUAGAUUUUCCUCCCUCUAAAGUCCCUCGUGGCUGUUAAAAGCCACUUUUUCUGUUGGCUGUAAAAUCAUAUUGGAUUAAUAUUUUUUUCAGAUUUUUUUUCACAAAUUUCUUAUUUUACUUCUGCCCUGUUCGAAACUAGCAAAUGUUUCAUUGAAAACAAUUUUUUUUAACCCUUUAAGUGCCAAUUUAAGACAAAAAGUCACAAAUUUAGCAAAAAUUGAAGGAAAAUGACCCAUUUUUUUUAUAAGACAUGAUCAGAAACUGGUAAUCUCUUGCAGGGUAUUAAAGUCUUGAAUAUGUCAGAGAUUAGUAAUAUAAUUUACUUAUAUGCAUUUUCAGUUUUUCUGUAGCAUCAGAUUUAAUGAAAACUGCCUUUGGCGCCUCCCAGUGGCCAAAACCACUAUUUCUGCUGUAAAAUCAUAUUGGAUUAAUAUUUUUUUCAGAUUUUUUUUAUACAUUUCUUAUUUUACUUCUGCCCUGUUCAAAACUAGCAAAUGUUUCAUUGAAAAUAAAAAUUUUAACCCUUUAAGAGCCAAUUUAAGACAUAAAGUCACUUAAAAAGCAAAAAAAUGGAAGGAAAAAGAAGGAAAAUGACCCAUUUUUUAAAUAAAACAUGAUCAAAAACUGGUAAUCUCUUGCAGGGUAUUAAAGUCUUGAAUAUGUCAGAGAUUAGUAAUAUAAUUAACUUAUAUGCAUUUUCAGUUUUUCUGUAGCAUCAGAUUUAAUGAAAAACUGCCUUUGGCGCCUCCGAGUGGCCAAAGCUACUUUGUCUGCUGUAAAAUCAUAUUGGAUUAAUAUUUUUUUCAGAUUUUUUUUCAUACAUUUCUUAUUUUAAUUCUGCCCUGUUCAAAACUAUCAAAUGUUUCAUUGAAAAUAAAAAUUUUAACCCUUUAACGGCGAAUUUAAGACAUAAAGUCUCUUAUGAAGCAAAAAAAUGGAAGGAAAAUGGAAGGAAAAUGACCUCUUUGCUUCAUAAGAGACUUUAUGUCUUAAAUUGGCCCUUAAAGGGUAAAAAUUUUUAUUUUCAAAGAAACAUUUGCUAGUUUUGAACAGGGUAGAAGUAAAAUAAGAGCUGUAUGAAAAAAAUCUGAAAAAAAUAUUAAUCCAAUAUGAUUUUACAGCAGAAAUAGUGGUUUUGGCCACUGGGAGGCGCCAAACGCAGUUUUUCAUUAAAUCUGAUGCUACAGAAAAACUGAAAAUGCAUAUAAGUAAAUUAUAUUACUAAUCUCUGACAUAUUCAAGACUUUAAUACCCUGCAAGAGAUUACCAGUUUCUGAUCAUGUCUUAUAAAAAAAAUGGGUCAUUUUCCUUCAUUUUCCUUCCAUUUUUUUUGCUUUUUAAGUGACUUUUAUGUCUUAAAUUGGUCCUUAAAGGGUUAAAAUUUUUAUUUUCAAUGAAACAUUUGCUAGUUUUGAACAGGGCAGAAUUAAAAUAAGAAAUGUAUGAAAAAAAAUCUGAAAAAAAUAUUAAUCCAAUAUGAUUUUACAGCAGAAAAGGCAGUUUUGGCCACUGGGAGGCGCCAAAGGCAGUCUUUCAUCAAAUCUGAUGCUACAGAAAAACUUAAAAUGCAUUGAAUUCAAUUAUAUCACUAAUCGCUGACAUAUUCAAGACUUUAAUACCCUGCAAGAGAUUACCAGUUUCUGAUCAUGUUUUAUUUAAAAAAUGGGUCAUUUUCCUUAAAUUUUUCCUUCCAUUUUUUUUUGCUUUUUAAGUGACUUUAUGUCUUAAAUUGGCCCUUAAAGGGUUAAAAUUUUUAUUUUCAAUGAAACAUUUGCUAGUUUUGAACAGGGCAGAAGUAAAAUAAGAAAUGUAUGAAAAAAAAUCAGAAAAAAAUAUCAAUCCAAUAUGAUUUUACAGCAGACAAAGUAGUUUUGGCCACUGGGAGGCGCCAAACGCAGUUUUUCAUUAAAUCUGAUGCUUCAGAAAAACUGAAAAUGCAUAUAAGUAAAUUAUAUUACUAAUCUCUGACAUAUUCAAGACUUUAAUACCCUGCAAGAGAUUACCAGUUUCUGAUCAUGUUUUAUUAAAAAAAUGGGUCAUUUUCCCUCAAUUUUUGCUAAAUUUGUGACUUUUUGUCUUAAAUUGGCACUUAAAGGGUUAAAAAAACUGUUUUUAAUGAAACAUUUGCUAGUUUCGAACAGGGCAGAAGUAAAAUAAGAGAUUUGUGAAAAAAAAUCAGAAAAAAAUAUUAAUCCAAUAUGAUUUUACAGCCGACAAAACAAGUGGCUUUCAACAGCCACGAGGGACUUUAGAGGACGUUUUUCUGUCCUGGCUUUAUUAUUGACUUGGUGAAAAUUUUGAAUUCAUGUUUUCAAAUAAAAUUUCAAAUUAAGCUUAGAAAAAAAAAUUCAUCACAUUUGCUGCAGUAAAAAAAAAGUUAUAUCCAAAUUAGUCUCUAGCUCUAUCAUAAAUUGGCUGUUAAAAGCCCGAAGGUGCUCACCGUUCGUUCUUCAGCUCGACUUCAAUAACUCCCUCUGUCAUAAAGCCGAGUUUCAAGUCGCUUGACUUUUGGGACGAAUGAAACCCACUAGAGUCGCAAAAGAACUCGCAGAGAAAAAAGAAGCACAUGACAGCCAGUCACAGCAAAUUCUCUGUCUUUCUCCAAAAAUAAGUUCUAACAUGAGAGUCACUCUAAAAAGGCUCCCAUGACAAGGUAGACACUGCCAUCAUCAGUUUAAAUGUUAGUCUUAUGAACAACCAGUACUUUCAAAUCCACAAUUAAAGUGACUCAAUAGAUGUCCCCAAACAUUAGCAGCAUCAAAGUUUUUGAAAUGCUGGUUUUGGCUCUUGAGGUGUCCAUAAAACUCAAGAUCUUUUUGUCUCUUGCGUUCUCACGUCAGGUGAGGUGUGCCAGUUUGGGUUUGGGUGCAGCUCUGUCCUCAGUGCCCAGCGGGUGUCAGGCUUUGUGCGCCAGCUGUCAGAACAUCAGCGGAGGUCUGUGGGGCACCCUGCUCAACAUCCUUUUAGAUCAGCAGGAGAGCAGCAUGGUCCGCAGAGAGGUACUACAAUACAACUGCAAAUGUUACUCCUCUGUCUGAGAGUAAAUCACUUAAUCUGUUGUUUAUUUUAGUAAAGAAACACAGAAUAAGAAAAUAGAUCUGUUUAUGAUUUUAUAUUUUAAUGAGAGUGAGCUUUUUAUUUCUUUGUCUCAAACUAAACUUGUUGUGGUCAGAAAUAGCAGCUGGACUCCUGUGUAUUUCCAGCUUUAUACAGGCAGAUGGCACUGUUGCUGAUGCAGUCUGACUCGACCCAGUGUGUGCACAACUCUCUUUUUUUCUGCUUUGUGUGUCCAGGCUGCAUUUAUCCUGCAGAAUUUGCUGGUGAUGCCCAUGCCUGCCAACGCGGAGGAGGCCAAGGACUCCCACUGGCAGGUCAGCAGCUCUGCCAGCCAGUUGAAAAGCUUUUAUAGACCGUGAAGAGUUUUUUUUUUUAACUCCCUCUCUCUCUCUUUCACUUUGUGUCUCUCUCUUCUCCCUCCCAAACCAAUACAUUACUUAAACUCUGCGGGGUUCAAACUGGGGGGUAGCUGGUGUACUAGCCCUCAGAAUAAUAAUAGUUUAAUCGCCGUCUAAACCAUCAUUUUUAUGUGUGAUAGGCAAGAGGGAGCUGUAGCCACAAAUCUGAUGUAGUUGUAAUUGGAGAAAGAUAGGAUAGGGAACACAAGUUAUUUUACAACAAUUUAAUGUGCAUUCAUCUUUUUGCAUCAUUUUAACACCAGCUCUCUUGUCUCCUAGCACCCGUGUGUCCAUGAUGAGGUGUCCGGUGUGUCUUUGGUGGGUCUCCCGGCCCUCCAGGCUCUGCUCUACCACUGUCAGUACUUCCAGCAUGUGGCUGUCUGUGCCUCUAGUUGUUACCAAGGCAGGUACACCUUCCACUCGCACCCUCAAGGUGGCGCCAUCAGAGGAUCAGCUCCUCAGGGGAGCAAUUCACUCGGUAGGUUUAAUGUUUUGAUCAUGUUACCUUUAAUUGUGUGUAUUUGAGCUGUUCUUACAUGAAAACGCUUGUCCAGAUUCAGAGAAUUCUCUGUGGUUUUGGAGAUGCGACCCACCUGCACCCACCGCCAACUCCAGCAGACCCUCCAGCUCCCUCUCCACUUCGAGCACUGUGGUCAGCAAUGGCUUGUACCCUCAAAAACCUGCAGACAUUACAACAUGAAACAAAUAGCUGCAUCUGCAUAUGUCUUUAUAUUGUUGUUUACAGAUAAGAGGUUCAGGCCCACACACUCCUAAGAGUCCCUCCCCUUUGAGCAUCACAGAAGAAACACCUGCCAGCAGACUGACAGCUCAAGGUACCACAGAGAGAGAGAGAUGAAGAGUGUGUCUGUGUGUCGAGAGGUGCAGACACAUUUACAGCUGAAUUAACGGAGCGUGAAUCAGUUGUUCGUAUCACGUAAACUCUCACAUGUUUUUCCUCUGACCUGGUAACCCUCGCUGUGGUCAGACAGUUAUAAACUCGAACCAUCUGCCAUAUUUUUGUAUUUAUGUUUCAGUCUUACAUUUAAAGUUCAGAUGUAGAUCAAUGUUUUCCGCUUUUUAACCUCACGUUGUUGAAGGUUUUUUUUUUUUUUCCUGUGGUCAUGACCUAAAUCAAACAGCGCAAUGUAGAGGUGUCUCCAUUAGUCUUCUAUUGAUGUGUCUGACAGGUCAGAGUGACACAGACACCAGUGAGUCAGCCACCUCCCAAGACUCCCAACAGGGUGAGCCCUCGGCCAUGGAACCUGUUGUCAUGGUAACUCCUGAACUCAUGGCGGCCCACUGCGGCCUGCUGGCAAACCUGCUGGCCAUCCUGCCAGAAUUCACCCUCACUGCUGUGCGACACAACCAGCUCCUCCAGGCACUGGCCAGGUAGGAGGCUGCACACACACACGACCAUCUCUGAUGUGUUAAUCACAAAGAAAACAAAGGGAUAACCGUUAUCCUUUAUCAAUCUCUUUCACAUGUUUCAAUCUUUUUUUUAUUUUUAUAUUGGGCAUUAAAUGGGCAUCUAUGUACUAGGUUACAGUUUUCUCUGUUAAAUUCUUUGUUUAUUAAGAGCAUUCAUUUCACAUUUAUUCUUCUACAAAGCAUCAGAGUUCCUACAGGUUCGCCCUCUUUUUUCAUUCGAGCUCUCCCAGAGACUCAGCUCCUUGUGAGUAAUAAACACUUAAAUUAUUAACAAUAAAAAGAAGAGAGAAAAAGCUACUGGAUAUAAUAAAAAAUUAAAAAUCUGGUUUUAUCCUCACUCUUUUCCUCUGUUUAGUCAGAUAAAACCUGUUCUGAAGGGCAUAAAAGUAGUCAGUCCACCUGGUCCUCAGCUGAUAAACUAUCCCCUUUAAACUCAGCCUUUUCAUGUGUUUUUAUACUGUUUUUUAUUCAGUUUUAUCUACAGUUGCUUUCAGAGUUUAGCGAUUUUCUUGUGAAAGCUCUUUUGCUUGCUGACCCACAGUAUCUGUUCCAAAGUGCCACCAAUCAUACUCCGCCCACUGAACAAAAGGUCAUUCAUAUAUACUUAAUAACACACGAAAAGGACAUUUUCUCCAAAUUGUUCAAACUGUGUUCAAUAUGUUCAUGAAUAUUCUGCUCGUGAGACCAAAUGAGCAGGUAUUCUAAAUACUGUUAUGUAGGGUGACCAUAUUCUGACUUCCCAAAAAGAUGACAUGACUACACGGGGGCGGAAUUACAGAGUCACACAAAGUUAAUUUUAAUAGUUUUUCGGGUCGGAUUGAGUGGCUUUUACGCGCUUCUAACUUAGUAAGUCCACAUGACACAAACUCGAAACUUACGUACAAAGUCGCGAACAUUUGAAGGAUUUUAUAAACCUCCCCGGACAAAGCCAGACAGGCCGGACAGCCCCCAAAAGGAGGGCAUGUCCAGGUAAAGAAGGACGUAUGGUCACCCUACAGUAAUGGUUAGCAUGAUUUAUAAUGUCCAACAGGUGCUACCACUUCCCUGAUAUCUGUUUUGUGGCAUUGUGAUUUCAUACAUGAUUCCUUUUCUCUUUUCUCCCUCAGAAAUUCUCGUUUCCUUUUGCCUCUUUUGUUUUCUAAACUUUGUAGCUUUAUGCUUGGAUUGAAUCAUUUUCAAGCACGACUCUUUCCUAGCAUAUCAAAAUGGCCCCGAAAUAUAGUGAUGGCAAUUAUAGCUAUAAGACAUAAAAUUAAAUAUUGAAUUUCCCUUCAGGGAUCAAUAAAGUUCUUCUUCUUCCUCUUCAAAGUUAAAUUAUGGCACACUGUCUGUGUGUAGAAAAGGCUUUACAAUCAUAAAACAAGCACUUACAGCUCUGGUAACAUAUUUUUCUCAUUUUUCGUCAUGAUUGAUGAUGAUGUGUGUAAAUAUGUUUAUUUAUGGUUCUGGAGAGAAUAAAUGCUAAUCAUAGCGCUAAUCUCCUUCAGAUAUUUCUUAUAAACUCCCACACUUUCCAUCAUCUCUCUUUUCUGCUCCAGUCUGGUGGAUACCGAGCCCAUUGAGAAAUGUCUGAAGGAGCUAAAGACUCCAAACAUCCUUCCAGGAGAGAGAGAAGAUAUCAAGAGCCAGGUGAGAACAGCUGAUAGACAGUUCUCAAGAGUUUUUCAACUUUUUUGUUAGUAUGACUUAUCAGGAAAAAUGUGGGUUGGUACAGUGUAGCUCUAGCUUCAGUGCAGCGCGAGGUUGUCUGAGGGCACCUCCAGCUUUCAGUGUGGGCGGAAUAUUCAAGAAGCUCAAACUUAAAGCAUUGUUUUGUAAGUUUGGGGGAUUUUUUGCUGUUUCAUCUGAAUAACUUCUCCUCCCUUUACAUCCAUACAGUUGGUCACAUUACUUCAGUUCCUGUCCAGCUUCUCCAAACUGCUGCAGUCAUGUGUCACAGUGAGCCAGGAGCUGAUUGGUCAGAUGGACUUUCUGAAGCAGCUGUUGACGACUUUAGCGGCAGUGCUCAUGCUGGAUACUAAAGGAUUAGGUCAGAAGCUUAAGUUUUAAUUGAAGUAAGAUUAAUCAGUUUAGUAAGAUGACCUUGUAAUAGCUGUCAGAAUGGCAACAUAUGAAUCUCCUUAUUUUUUUAGGAAUCAAAAUAAAGGUGUGUUUCCAGAGUUAUAAUUUCAGGUACUAAAUUCAGGUACUAAAACAGAUGUGCUUAACUGAAAGCCAGAGUUCAAAUAGUGAAAACCAGGGUAACACUUUAUUUGACACCUAUAACAAAUUAUAAAUAUAUGUAUAAUGUGUUAUAUAUAAUGUGCCAACCACUUUAUAGUACUGUAUAACUUAAGUUAUAAACACUCAUAAACACUCAGUCGGUCUUCCUGUCGGCGUGAAGAGCAGUAGCCUACAGUUUAUGUACAGUAUAUAAAAUACUGUAGAUAUCUACGGUGUAUCUAUUUUUUUAUAACUUCAUAAUUUUUUUUAAAAAUCAAUAUAAAUUAAAAAUAAAUUAAUCGGUAAUCUGAUUUUUUCCUCCCCUAAUAAUCGGCAUCGGCCCCAAAAAAUUCAUAUUGGUCAGGCUCUAAUACUUACACAGUGCUAUAACGUGAUUUUAACACAUUAUACAUAUAUUUUAAUGUGCAGCAGAGAUAGGCAUCAAAUAAAGUGUUACCAAGACCAGAAACGGAUUUAAAACAUCUUAUUCCUGCUUCUGAAAAGGCAAAUAACCAAUCAUAGUGAAAGAUUACAAAUUGGCAUCAGGUCUGGCCUCUUUGUGUACGCCCCCAGCUAACUUCCAGAUAACAAACCUAAUAUUAGUUAGCUUAAAGUGAAGUAGUUAAAAUGCUAGUAUCAGCUGUUAGCAGAUGAAAUAUUCGAUAUGGUGCCAUACUUCAAAGUACAGUGAAAUACCCCUCCAGAUUUGUAGCUGUAUUUUAAGUGGGAAUUUGAUACCACACUGAAAUCAUUAAAAACCUUUAAGACAGCGGUGCAACAUAAUCAUAUAUCUGAUAACAGAGUGUCUGUGUAUACUCUGAAUUUGUGUCUCCAUCAUGCUACAAAAGUGAGUCCUAUCCUGACAUUUACCUGACCCUCCCUGCAGUGUGUUCUGCAGUGUGGCUCUGUGGCUGCCUCAUGUCAUAAAAUUAGUGACUCACUCCUUCCCUCCUCAGAUGCAGGUACCCGGGCCGCGGUGUGUGUGUGCUGGGCAGACGUGUUUAUGCUCCUGGCUACUCUGGUGAGGAGGGACAGCUCAGCAUCAUACCCAUCUGUCUCUGCUGCACUGGGGAGACGCUGGCGGACAUUCACAGGUACACAGACACUCUGCACUGUCUGUGUGUGUGAAUGUGUGUGUACGUGUGUGUAAGAGUGACUCAAUUAAUUACUGUGAUGUAGGCGGAAAAUCAUCCAUCAUACAUCAUUGCUUACAAUUCAUAAAAAUAGCUUCUUGUCUUUUGGAGACAUUGUGGUACUUUGUUGAAUAUAAACAUCCCUCUGAGGAGAAAGAGUUAAGAUCUUGAGUCAUGAUGAAAUCAGGCUGAAGAGUCGUUUUUUUUCCUAAUCAUAAAGGCUGAUAAUCAUGAUUAGGAUAAUUACGCUGAUUAGUGUAACUCGCUAAAUAAUCAGGAUUAGCAUUUUAGGUUUAAUUUUGCAUCUUUAAUUCUGGCUCCCAAAAAUCCCUCAUAUUAACACACAUCAUUGCAUCAUUACUGUGUGUAUUAACUUCCCUGAACAGAUGCUAGGGUAGGAUAAUUACAUCCUGUCCUUAAACUACCUCCACUCCUCCCACUCAUCUUCCUCUGUGAUUAAUGGCGUAGCAGGGGAAUCUGAUGAGUCCAGUGAAAGAUGAAUGCUAAGCCUUUGUGUGUGUGUGUUUUUGUCUGUGCGCACAUGUUGUUGAUAUCUUGGUGCCUGCGUACACAUUUAGAUGACUAGUGUGUUCUCCGACAAAUAUCAAGCUGUCAGGGGUUCAAACUAUGAAUUUGCUCCUUUGUCACGCUGUGAUUCAGUCUGUUUUGCUGUGUCAUUCAUUAAAAAGAAAAGUAUUCUUCCAGCAACUUCGUCUUUUUAGUUUUCCCCCGUGUGCUCGCAGGAACGCUCUCAGUGUGUGUGAAUGAGAAGCUCCCGGAUCCUUUUCUUCACACCGUGGCUCUGCAGUUUCUCUGUGCUAUCUUCACCGAGGAGGCGAAGAAUCAGGGCGUAGAUGUCACAAACUCUAAACCUGCUUCAGCUUUGUCUGACGUUGUGAAUGGUCCCCCAGCCAGCCAACUGUGUGAACUGUUACUGCAGGUAGGUGAGGUGUGGAGGUGUGGUGAGAGGUAUUCUGUCUAGACCUCGGUGCGCAGUGGGAGUUCAAUCUGACUAAACUUGAUUGCUUUUUAUAUACAAUAGUGUAUGCGCUCAAGGCAGUCUGAAAACUUUGAAGCUAACUUUUAAGAGUGUGUUAUUGUGGGGACUGAUUGAAGACUAUGUUCCUCCUUGACUGCUGAUGCCAGAGUUUGGAGAAGAGGACCCUUCAGGACCCUUUAAAGAAGCUGACAGCUCGAACCCUGAUGACACUGUUAGCCUGCAGCCACACCGCUCAGAGCCAUGCAGCCAAAGGUAAAACCCCCGAACCUUAGGCUACAGUCAGUCACCUGUUACAACCUCUUUGAAGAUUUUAAGUGGGUCACCAACUUGUCUAGUGGUUCACCACAAGAUUAACCAAGAAGUCGGUUCUUUUGCAUCAGCUAAAAAAAUCUUCCUUUACGAUCUAUCCUUCAAUUUAAAGACGAUCUUUUGGGCUUUUUGCCCUAAUUUGAUUCGACAGCUUUUGUGGAACAGGAAACGUAGGGAGAGAGAGAGAGGGAAUGAUACAAACCAAAUCCUGUUGGGACUGAAGAAAAGAUCCUACUAACAGCACAAAGACAACUGCAGCCUCUCUUACACAGGGCACCAAACCCACAACCCAACAUCCCCCAUGUUUUGAUGCUACUUGCUUCAGACAUCAAUAUGAACAUGGCGGCCGCUUUAUCAGUCAAUAUAUAUAGCACUUUUCAUACACAAGCAUACCCGGAUCUACCAACCCAAUCCCUCAUUCCGACCCCACGAUCUAAACGCAACAGAAACAUGUACUAAAAUGUCUAAACUUGAAAAGGGCUUGAUUCAUAGAAACAGAAAUGUGCGCACUGAGGAAAUGCCAUUUUAUAAUUCAAGAUAAGGAAACACUGGAGGUUAGAUUAAAAUCUAAAAACAAAGUAACACAAAAUGAAAUUUGAGAAGUAACAAAUAAAAGGAAAUAAAAAAAAACAGUAAAAGAUACUACAAUAAGAGCACCAAAAUAGCUCAAUGAAAGAUGAUCUUGUCAUUAAAACUAGAAAGAGAUACAUGCUAAAACACUUCAACAAAGUUGAUGAUAUAAAAUCUAGUUAAACACAAGACUAAAGAGGUACGUUUUGAGUUUGGUUUUCAAAUCGUUAGGGUUAGAUGCAGUCCUUAGGUCUUUAGGUAAGCUUCACCCUCAUUUUCUUCUCUCAAACGCUGCCAUGUUGCACUUCUGAUUACAAGGUUUGGGAAUGCUAUAAGAAACAGUGACCUGAGGAAUUACUUUGCAGUAAACGGAUGGUAAAAAUCAAAAGUGACAGUGGGCCAUACCUCGAAUUAAACCAAUGUGUGAAGGUUGUGAAUUGCAGACUUUUCUGGCUUGUAUGCCAAAUGCCUAUAUCUUAUUUUGUUUCAAUAGUGAUUUAGAUACAAUGCAUCUAAGUAAGAAAAGAUCCCUGUAACACUGUAACAGUAGCGGAAAGACGGUCAUGAUAUGUUCUGGUAUUUAGUUUUCCCCUGGUUUUGGUUACCUUAGUGUAUUUUCUGUGUGUUUCUUCCUAGUGUUCCUGUUCCCCUGUUGUCCAGUCGUGUGAGUUUUCAGUUUGUGUUUGACCCUGUUUCCCUCCUGUUUUCAAUGUCUUAUCCUUUGGUUCAGUUUCCUGUUUUAUUUUGUAGUAGUUGAUUCCUUGUGUUUCUAGUCUGGUUUUACUUCCGUAGUUUUCCCUCCCUCGUUAAUCACUCAUGAGUUUCACCUGUCUCGUUAGCCUCACCUGUGUCACGUUUGCUUCACCUGUUGCUCGUUACCCUGUGUGUAUAGUCCCUGUCUUCCCCUCUGUCCUUCUUGGUUCAUUGUAUGUAUGUCAAUGUGUAUGCUUCAACAUGUCCCCUGUUGCUCCUCAGGAUUUUUGUGGAUUUUUCUCUUUUGCUGCUUUUUUUUUUUUUUUCAUUUCGUUCUUUUAAUUAAAUCAUUGUGUUGUUCUGCAUUUGGGUCUCUUUCUUUGUUUAACCCUGUACGUUGUGACAGAGAAUAAGAACAAUGGGGAACAAAAACACUAUGAAGAAACACACAAAAAAAUACACUCAGAUAACCAAAACCAGAACAUAUCAUGACAAAGACUUGGCUGUCCAGUUGCAACUUGACUGAGAAGUCAAAUCAGGUAAUAUCAGAUCCUAUUCUAACCUCUGUUUUUUUAUAUUUCCAGCUGGUCUUAUUGACAGCUGUGUAGAGCAGAUGAAGCAAACUCACUCCCAACUCCACUUGGAGUCCGUCCGACCUGGUAAAGCCUCUCACCGCAGAAAGGUAAGUAGAGACUAUGUGGAAAUUUCCAGCUUCAGCAGCUUGGAGCUGCCAGUCUUUUUCUUUCCAUUUGAUGUAACGACAACCUGAACUCAUCACGGUGGAGUUUUUCUGGGCCAAAAUCUUGUUGUAGUUCUCAGCAGUGAACCCCCUCGCUGUUCUGGAGCUGCCGGAGAGUGCUUUCAUCUCGAACGUCUGAACAUAUUGCUUUUUGUUUUGUCUUUCUAUAUUAUCAGGAAGAAAGCUAUUUAAAGGAGAUCAAGCUGACUGUGGAGAUCCUGCGGAGCGCUCUUUAUCGCAACGAUGAAUGCAAAGUGAGCCUCUGUGUCUUGCCUUUUAAUUCCCUGCUGCUAAUUGUUUUUUAAUGGAACCUCGGAGUACCAAUGCUGAGCCUGUAAAUGAGAUCCAACUUAAUGUGCACGGUCCUGCUAACAUGUCAGCAAGUUUAGCUUCUUAAACCCUGUAAUGGCAUUACUUAUGGAGCAUAUUAGCCGGUUCUCAUUUUCUAAGUGGCCUUUUAGUCACUGGUGGUUACCUUGGACUAAGUAGCCAGGAAGGCUCAACUGGCGUGAUUUUCCCUGCGAUUAUUCUCCUCCUUGUGUGUUUCUCAUGCACGCUUAGAAAAACACCAGAGCAAUUUAUGUUGAUUACUGCCAUCUGUGUUUGUGCUGCUGUAUAAAUCAGGCUUUCUCUAAUGUAUUGUAUUGCUUUUUAAGUGUGCUACUUAAAACGUGUGCGUGCGUGAUCCAUUAUUUUUACUCGUGUGUCUGUGUAGACGGUGGCCACAGAUGCUCGCCUGACACUGGCACUCUUUGCUCUCUGGCCUUGGCUCCUGUUGGAUGACCCCACCAUGGAGGCGGCGCUGGAGCUUCUGUGCGUCUACACCGCCAACUGCGCCACAGGUCUGUUUGUGUAUGUGUGUGUGUAUGUGUGUGUGAUUGUGUGUCUGUCUGUGUGUCUUAUGUGUUUGUACAGGCACUGUGCCUGGCCCGUGCCUGCCCGUCGCCCCCGCCUACAGUUAGCAGUCCGACUGAGUCACACACGCUUCACACUAUGAGGCCCAUUGUCCUCCCAAAUGACCGCUGAACAACAUUGUGUCUCACUGUACGACUGUUUGCCUGCCAGCCACAAUGGGCACAGUGUCAUGAUCAGGGGUCAGGCUGCAUGGCCGUCACACUGUAUGUAUGGCACCGGGUGUCAGACCAGUUGGAGACGAUGUGGGGGAGCACACAGUGUCUCUGUGUUUCCUGAUAUUUUAGUAUUCCAUCGUGCGAAAUGUAGGCGCUGCGUAUGUUCAACUUAGAAGAGCAAAAAGGCUGGCGGAGAAAAAAAGCCAGUCGAGUGGAUUCACGGGGAGGAAACAGUGGGGAAAUUUGACUUUGAUAAAUGCCUCAUGGUGCCUUUGAUGUGUCUGUGUGUGCGUCUGGUGUCGCUAUGCAAUGAAAAUCGGUUUCAUCAGUGAAAGGAAGGGAAGUUUCAUGUGCGACGUGUCUGUGCCUUUCUGCGUGUCUCUGUAUGAUUGGCACCGGAUCCUCAGUGGGUGCGUGUGCUCUGAUCUAAACUCACUCGCUUUAGACCCCUCGUAUGCUCAAGCUGUGAGGUACCAGAAAUCAGUGAAGUCAGGCACAGUAUUUCCCUAAAGGUGAACUGAACAGCAGGUUGUGUUCGGGCUGCAUGCAGCCAGGCUUAGUAUUACACCAUCCACCCUCGGGCUACCAUUGCGUCUCCGGAGACUGCUACACUUCCUGUGAAUGUUUCAUCUCUAGUCUGCCUCCUUCAUCCAAGGCUUUGUUUGUACUGCUAGUUCAAGUUAGAUUGUUGUUGUUUUUUUUUGUCUGUGCCACACAUUCUCACAGAUAUUUUUUUGUAGCAGCCCCAAAACUUGCUCCAGCAGACAUAAAACCGUAUAUAUCCUCUAUGAAAUGAUCAAUCCAAUACAAACAAAUCAAUGAGGUUUCUUGCAGCAGUGGGAAGGCUUUUGACUCUCAUCAGAGGACGGGGAUCUGUUAUGAGUCAGGGCUCUCUUGUCAGUUCUGUGAUAGACCAGCGUUUUUCUGACAGGUAUUGGGAUAACCUCAGGCUACCAUCAGUGCACGCCUGUUGCUGUAUGUUACCACUCCUGGAUUAGCAUAACCAACAAGCUGUCAUGUUCCUCAAUAAGCAGCAUCAAUCAGUGUCAGACUGUCUUUUCACAUUUAUAUUCAAUUUGUAUAUAAUCUGCAACUGCAGCAAUUAGCCAUGUCAGUUAUCCUGAUGGCAAUGUGGAGCCAAAAGAGAGAUUUUUUUUUUUUUUUCUGGCCUCUCUUAUUUGUGCGUUAUAAAUCUGUGUUUACGUUCCUGAAUGAUGUUGAAGUUGAAUAAAUUGCAACUAUCGCCCCGGGCUAAAUAAUGUCUCUCCUUCCAAGAGUAAAGAAACGCUUGUUUUCAUCAUUAGUCAGAGCUGUCAGAGUGAAUGAUAAUUAAAAGACAGUCAAAAGAUAAAACAUCUUUUCCAAAGCUAUCUGACUCCACAUGUGAGGCCUCUGCUGCUGCUGCUGCCUCCAAACACAUUUUGAACACUCUAUAAAGAAGCGUGGCAGCUCCGUCUUUAAGGUGCAGUUUGUCCUGUCUGUGUGCGAGACGUCUGCUCUUCUUCAUCAUAUCUGUCGUUCGGCGAGACAGCUUGUUCAGCGAAACAAGCCGUGCGUAGAUGUUUGAGUACUGUGUGCAGACAGCCGUGCAGCCCAGCAGGUCAAGUCUUUUUUUUUUUUUUGUGGCUCCUGGCUGCAAAGCUAGUUAACUGUGUGGUAAACAGAAAGAAGCAGGCAGCUCCAAAAGCAACAAGAAGAGAGCAUUUUGCUGAGUGUUGUACUGUUUUAGUGUUGGACUUUAGAGCUGUUAGCAGUGUCCGAAUGCAGAGCUGUAGAGCUAAAACUCGGUGAAUCCUGAGCUAACUUUGCUGCCCUGAAUGUGAUCAAUCAUAGGAAAUGUGUUGUUCAAAUGUCUCUGGUAGGGCUGGGUGAUAUGGGAAAAAGUUCAUCACAGAUUUUUUUUUCAUGUCAGUGGAUAUUGAUAAAUAUCACAAUAUAAAAAAUGAAAUUUUAAAGUGCUUAUUGGGAGCAUGUUUUUCGCAAUACAAUAAGCUACUGCAUCUGUGAGGUCUUUGUGUCUCUGACUUUUUGACGUAAGGCGUUGCGCUAGAGAAAGUGGACUGAAUGGUCAGCUGUUUUAGCUGCACAGGCGCCAUGGGCUCCUUGCGCGACUCUGGGUUUGUAACCUUUUAAAUUGCGCAUGCUCUGCUGCGUAGCACUGCUUCAGGUGGUGAAAAAUAUUUGAGGUAGUCCCUGACUUUGUGAGAACAUGUAGUCGACAUAAUUUGCAAUGCACAUUACACUGCUUCAUGUCCGUCCUUAAAAAAGAAAAAUACCUCCAAACCACCAAUGUUUUCGUGCCAGUGUUGUCGACGAUGUCUUCCGUGCGUCCCUGAGCUGCCUGCUUCAGAUCCGUCACUCUGCUGCGCUGUGAGGUAGUUAGUGGAUGAAGAUUUUCAUGUGGUCACUGCGCCAUCUACAGGAUAAGUCAGGGUACUUUUCAAAUGGCGGAACAUUUUCAAAGUGAAACCGAAUCUUAUUCUCCACAUUUUGUUUCUGAAAAUAUCUGCGAAAAUCUGUGAGUUUUGGCCAAUUACCAAUUAGUCGGGCUAAAACUGGCCAAUUUAAUCAGCUCGCCGAUAAAUCUGUUGGGCCCUAAUUGAUAUUGAGGGAAACUAAUUUUCAACAUAUAUUAUCUAUUUAUCGCCCAGCCCUAACUCUGGUUUUAUCUCCUUCUUUUCAGCGUGUAGUUCCCUCUGCAGCGGUGGUCCAGGUGCUGCACCGGGCUCUAAAGGCACCCUGAGCAACUCUCUAAUGCACUGCAUCAUGAAGCUGGCCUCAGGGGUUGCCCCAGAUAACAGUCAGGUCCAGAAGCUGGCUUUCUCUCUGCUGGCUAACCUCGCCAUGUCCAGAGACUGCAGGGGCCUCCUGCAAAAGGUAACACAACAUAUCAAUAAAUAGCCAAGUGAACAGUUUUUAUGAGAAGGUGCUACUUCAAUAAUUGUAUUUAUAAACCACUCAGGUUCAGUGGUUUUCCUCAAAGUUAAAUUGGCUCAGAAAAUCAAAGUCACGAGCUUAACAGAUCAAACUGAAGUGAGAUUUGCAGUGUUACAGACUGAAAAAAGAGAUACACGGUGUUAGUUAUUUAUGACAUCAGCUUCUGUUGCACUGAAGCUGUCCAAAAUCUCACCCUCACACUCAUGCUGGGAAAUCUUUUUCUAAACUUUGGACCUGCUCCUAAUUAUCCGUUCACAAGUCUCUCAAACCCCGACGUUAACUCCUUCAUGUCUUGUCAUUUUCAGAAUAACUUCCUCCAAGCAUUCCUGUCGGUGCCGAUGCCUAAGGGAGGCGGUGUGAGGGCCGCAUCUGUGAGCUGCAGCAGUGGGAGCCUGCUGGGCCUGUGGUUAAGGCUGCUGGUGAACGUCUCGUUCGCGGAGGACGGCCAGCAGAGUAUCCUUAGGGUGACCGGAGCCCUGGAGCUGCUGGCAGACCUGGCACCGCAAUGGCACCACGCUCUGCUCACCCUUCAUAACCUCUGCUUCUGCUCUGCCAACAAGCCACAUGUUCUUGCCAACGGUACGCAGGAAAAGCAAGAGUUUAAUUGUUUGUCACGUGUGGAUUUUAAGUGUUUGAACAGGAAAAAAAACAAGAAAAAAACGGUAAUAUUUAUAGAACGUAUCCUUGCUGCAUGAAUACAUUGUCAGCUUCAGAUGUAUGUAUCAAACACCACCUGUGAGAGCUAAUGAACAAAUAGUUAAAGGAUACUUUUAUCAGGGUAUAAUAGAUAAUAAUGAUCUGGUGGUUGAGAAAAUAAAUGCAACAGGAUGCACGCAUGAAUACAAGUAAAUGCCGAGUAUCAUUCUUCGGAUGCAUGUCGGCUGUUAAAGGUUUCUAAGAUAUGUAGAUGGAGUGAAGAAAGGAAGUAGCAGAUUGCGGCCCCCUCUCACAGCUCAGGCUGCAGGUGGGUGCUGUGACACUAGGUGGGUGUGAAGCGACAGAACUUAUGGUUUCCUGUGGAAAUAUCCGAUUUCCUGUAUAUGUUGUGACAGCAUGACAUUGAUGUUUGUGAUAUGAUUGUUUUCAAACUUUCCAUAGAGCUGAUAAAGGAAUUGAAACUAGUUUGACUGAAAUAGGAACAAAAAUAAUGUGGAUUGUGGUUUUAGUGGAUCUUCGUUAAGACUGUCUUUCUUAAAAGAUUAUUUCCUACAUUGUGAAAUAAAGAGACACAUUUUACUUAUUUAAAAGCAAGUUGUUUAUGUCACUUUUUAUGUUGUUUUUUUCAGGCAAAGCCAUGAAAGUGUUACUGAGCUGUUUGGACAGUAAAGACACGGAAACCUGCUGUAUGGGAGCUUCUGCACUUUGGGCUUUGCUCCACAACAAUCAGAGGGUAAUGUUUGUUUCUCAUCAUAAACGGAUGACUAACCUUUCCUUUUUCCUGGUUGUGAACUGAAACACUCGCCCGCUUUCAACCCCAUCUUCCUAAUCUGUCUUUCUAAUUUCCCAUCAAAGGCCAAGACGACUUUGAAGUGUCCCUCUGUCAGGUUGAGAAUCGAGGCGGCACGUAGCAUCUCCAAGAAAGGUUUGCAUUUAUUCACUUUGAUAAAGACACAUCAGCGCCUGUCCUUGCGCUGAAUCCCAACGCGCAGAUUUGUGUGUACUGUUGUUUACAGUGGUGUGUUUUGUUUUCAACAGCAGAUGAAGAAAACAAGCAGGAGCCUACCAAUACCUACCUGUUGAAGUGCCUGGAAAAUCUGUCCCAGCUGCUCAUUAAGUGA